AUGUUCAGCGUUCAGGGGGACGGAAGCUCCACGCAGCGGCAGCUGCGUAUCAACAGCGACGCCUGCAGGGUUCGUAGCUCUGCAACUACACGCUGGAAACGGGCAGUGCGAGAGGCACAGCGCCACCUGACAAACAAGAGACGUGGUGCCUGCCUCCACAAACUGCAGCGGCGAGUUUCCGACACACCCGCAGUGCCCCUGGUGCAGAAACGAGCUAUUGGCGUCUAUGCUCGGGCAGCGCCUGAAAACAUAGACGAUGUCAGCGGUGGAGAGCCGGAUGGGUUCGCAGAGGUCGCAGCCCGACUGGAACCUCGUCAGCUGCAUUUCAAGCAAGGCUCCCCAGGUACUGUGGUUGAUGCUUUGCCGCGAUCGCUUACGCGUUUAGAGCACAGCCUCAUCCUGCGUGAACUGGUCCCAAGUCAAAUUUCGUUAGAUGCACUCCUCGAAAAGCUGUGUGAAGGAACGUUGCCCGUUAUAGAACGCUUUGCUGGGACCCGCAAAAUGCGCAUCCUCGUAUGUGCUGGCCCGUGGCUCACUGGACUCUACGGUAUUGAGUUGGCAUCUGCACUCGCUCGCGCUGGCCAUGCGGUGUGUUUGAUAGCAGACUUUGAUCCGAGUGCUCCGUGGUUUAGCGUCUCGCUCUCCAAAGAGGAUGAGCAAUGGUUCUCCGCCCAGCGAGAAUUGUGGCAGGUUCCAGCGAGACGGGAAACCGGGCUGGCGAACGCCCGCGGUGUCGGUGUUGACACGCUGGGCUUUGUACCGCGCACACUCGACUUCUACUUCGACCUGGUUAUCGAUGCGCUCGUUGGCGCUGAUAUGGAUUUGUACGGAUCUGAAAAACUGGGCGAUGCCGGUGCUACGACCCCCGACGCAACUUGGAGUGAUCCCAUCGGGGGUCUAGAAGCCGCAGCGGCAGCGUUCCAGCCGCUCAUUCAGACGCUAUCGGAGUCGCAACUGCCGCUGAUCAGUGUCGAUGUACCGUCUGGUUGGGAUGUGCUUCGGGGACCGCGAAUUCCCGAUAUCCAGCGCGAUCGCUUUCUCAAACCUGAGAUUCUGCUGUGUUUGGGGACUCCAAAAACAGUCGUUCGGUAUUUCGGAGGAAACUAUGUUUAUCUGGUUGGCGACUUUGUCCCGAGGAGGCUCGAAGAGCGGCUGCGGUUGCGGUUCCCGUCAAAGUUGCGCGCUGAAGGUUACUGUUUGGUUUCUGUGAACCCCUACCUGGAGCUCAUGCGGCGUCAGCGCGAAAAUGCCGGUUUGCCGGACAAGUAUCCGGAAUUUAUUCUCAGUUGGGGCAAGGCGAAUACCGGUGAAUUGUAUGGUCACCCGGGCGAGUAUUUGGCCACCGUAUUCGCCGAACGCGUUCAGCGGCAAUGGGUAGAUGUCGACGCGAGCCCGGACCUCUGGGACGAGAUCGACUAA